AUGAAGUCUUAUUACACUGUGGUUUACGACAAUUCUGCGCCAGGCUUCCCAGAGGUUUUCUAUCCUCAAACGAGGUAUGUCUUUGAUGACGACGACCCCGAAGUGCUGUCCUGUGCUCUUUCGGCACAGCACCGGCUGCUUGGAGUAGAAAAUACUGUCUCCAAGACGAGAGAUCGAGCAAUCCUGCUCGACUUCUCCAAUACCGACGGCGGAAAUUACGAAGUGGCCCGAUCAAGUAGUUUGUCUGCUGAUUGGAUUGUGACGGGUACACGUUUGAGUCAUAUGGAGGCUACCCCGUCGGACACCGAUAUCAAAAGUCAAGGAGACGAACCUUGGAUGCUGGUCAUCGAAGGAAUCGAAAUGUUGGCCACAGUCGAUUUGCCUACAAAACGUCUACCAGCAGUAUCAAGCUCGAAACCAACACGGCACCACGGCGGUGGGACUCAGAUUCUUGGUAAAGAAGAGAGUGAUGUAUCGGGCGAGGACUAUAAAGAGCUCAUACGAGACUUUAACAUACGAAUGGAUGUGUUAAAACAUUUGUUGCAGAAUUCAGAACACACGCAACGACCUCUGUCUGUCAGCGAAGCCGAGAAGGAUGCCUGCCAUAUACAGCCUUCAGAGAACGAAGUUUCUCACGGGUCCGGAUAA